GGCGCGGGAGGGGGCGGCCGGGCGCGUCACGUGGUGCGAGGCGGGCAGCCAUCUUGGUACAAACACAAACAGAGGCAGCGGCCGCCGCGGGAGCUGCCCCCGGCCCGCGCCCCGCGCCCGGACCCGCGCCCGGCCCGCGCCCCGCGUGGCUCUGCUGCCCCGAGGAUUGGUCACAGCCCGCCCGGGAGGUACUGGCCGCAGCGCGCAGCUCCGAGGACAGUGGCCUCGGCCCUCUGGGAGGAGCUGUGGAGUCCCGGUGCGCAUGGGCAUGUAGAAGGCUCCGGCCAGGCCUCCCCCAGCGCGCGGGAAGCCUCGAGCUCCCCCGGCCUGCCCUCCGCUCACAGCCGCCAGGGAUGAGCUGCCCCCUGAGAGCCCCGUCCAGUGCUCCAUAGGGGACAGACCGCGUCGCCCUCUGGUUCAUGGAUCGUCCCCAGAUGUGAAGGUCCCUGCCAGGCUCCGCAGUGGUCAGACCGACACCUGGGUGCUUGGAGACCCUGGUUCCGUGGGCAUCGGCCUCCUGCUUGUGGCCCCGGCUGCGAGUGGCGUCCUGUGCUGUGCUCUCGCCUCUGGGCGGCUCAUGGUGGGCGUGGCCAGUUGGCUGGCAUAGGUGUUUGCUGCGUGGACGCCAGGCCCCCUCCUCUGCUCAGCCCCUCCGGCCCCCAGGACGCGCCCAGUUCCACGAUGGCAGCCGAGACCCUCAACUUCGGGCCUGAGUGGCUGCGGGUCCUCUCUGGCGGCAGCGUGGCCUCGCCGCCACCGUCCCCUGCCAUGCCCAAGUACAAGCUGGCCGACUACCGCUACGGCCGGGAGGAGAUGCUGGCCCUCUAUGUCAAGGAGAACAAGGUCCCCGAGGAGCUGCAGGACAAGGAGUUCUCUGCGGUGCUGCAGGAGGAGCCGCUGCGGCCUCUGGCGCUUGAGCCCCUGACAGAGGAGGAGCAGAGGAACUUCUCCCUGUCGGUGAACAGCGUGGCUGUGCUGAGGCUGAUGGGCAAGGGGGCCGGGCCCCCGAUGGGCAGCACCCCCCGGGGCAGGGCCAGCGCCCGGAGCCGAGGCCGUGGCCGCGGGGACAGCUGCUUCCUGCAGAGGAGCAUCGAGGAGGGCGAGGGGGCCUUUGGCAGGAACCCCCGGGAGAUCCAGCGCAGCCAGAGCUGGGAUGACAGAGGCGAGAGAAGGUUUGAGAAGUCGACGCGGAGGGAAGGAGGUAGGAGCCGAGAAGGGCCCUCGAGGGGUGUAGGUCAGCGGGGCUGGGGCAUGGGGGACAGGCCCCCCUCGUCCCUGCUGAUGGUGCCCCCCUGUGCAGCUCGGUCCGGCUUUGAGGAGAGCGGGGCGGGCCCGCGGAAGGAGCACGCGCGCUCCGACAGCGAGAACUGGCGCUCCCUCCGCGACGAGCAGGACGCCGACGAUGAGGGCCGCUGGCGGCUAGGGGCCACGCCCCGGCGCGACGCUGACCGCUGGCGCUCGGCCAGCCCUGAGGGUGGUCCGCGCUCUGCUGGCUGGCGGGAACACGGGGACCGGCGUCGCAAGUUCGACUUCGACCUGCGAGGGGACCGAGGGGGCUGCGGCGACGAGGAGGGGCGGGGUGGGGGGGGCGCCCACCCACGGAGGUGCCGGGGGGCCGACGGCUUCGAGGACGACAAGGACGGGCUCCCCGAGUGGUGUCUGGAUGACGGGGAUGAGGAGAUGGGCACCUUCGACGCCUCUGGGGCCUUCCUGCCUCUCAAGAAGGGCCCCAAGGAGCCCAUUCCCGAGGAGCAGGAGCUGGACUUCCAGGGGCUGGAGGAGGAGGAGGAGGAGCCCUCGGAGGGGCUGGAGGACGAGGGGGCUGAGGCAGGGCUGGAACCCGCUCGGGACUCCUCUCCCGCAAGGGGAAAGGCACUGAGCCCGCUGCCGUCGCAGGAGGAACAGCCCCGCUCACCAUCCCCACUGCCUGCCUUAGGCCCACUCUGGGGGGCCCCUGGGGAAGGUGAUGACGCUGUGGAGAAGGACAUGCCAACGGCCGAAGGAGACGAUUCAAGGCGAGUACAGCUGAGCCCUGGAGUGGGUUCACCCCCGGGUCCCCCUGGAGACCUGGAAGAUGACGAAGGCUUGAAGCAUCUGCAGCAGGAGGCGGAGAAGCUGGUGGCCUCUCUUCAGGACAGCUCCCUGGAGGAGGAGCAGUUCACGGCCGCCAUGCAGGCCCAGGGCCUGCGCCACUCGGCGGCCGCCACUGCCCUGCCCCUCAGCCACGGCGCGGCCCGGAAGUGGUUCUACAAGGACCCGCAGGGGGAGAUCCAAGGCCCCUUCACCACCCAGGAGAUGGCCGAGUGGUUCCAGGCCGGCUACUUCUCCAUGGCCCUGCUGGUGAAGCGCGGCUGUGACGAGGGCUUCCAGCCCCUGGGCGAGGUGAUCAAGAUGUGGGGCCGCGUGCCCUUUGCCCCAGGACCUUCGCCGCCCCCCCUGCUGGGCAACCUGGACCAAGAGCGGCUGAAGAAGCAGCAGGAGCUGGCCACGGCCGCCUUGUACCAGCAGCUGCAGCACCAGCAGUUCCUGCAGCUGGUCAGCAGCCGCCAGCUCCCGCAGUGCGGGCUCCGGGAGAAGGCGCCUCUGGGGGACCUGACGCCUCCCCCACAGGUGGCUGCCUUCCUGCAGCAGCUCCAGGCGCUCAAACCCCCCAGAGCCGGGGACCAGAACCUGCUCCCGAGCAUGAACCGCUCCCUGUCGGUGCCGGAUUCCAGCCCCCUCUGGGACUUACAUACCUCAGCCUCGCCGCAGUCAGGUGGCGAGGCCAGUCUUUGGGACAUACCAGUUAACUCUUCGACUCAGGGUCCAAUUCUGGAGCAGCUCCAGCUGCAGCUCAAAUUCCAGGAGCGCCGGGAGGUGGAGCUCAGGGUCAAGCGGGAGGAGGAGGAGCGGAAGCGGCGUGAGGAGAAACGGCGGCAGCAGCAGGAGGAGGAUCUGCUCCGGCGCAAGCAGGUGCGGCAGCAGGAGCUCCUGCUGAAGCUGCUGCAGCAGCAGCAGGCGGCCCCCGUGCCCCCAGCGCCCAGCUCGCCGCCCCCGCUCUGGGCUGGUCUCACCAAGCAGGGCCUGUCGAUGAAGACGCUUCUGGAACACAAGCAGCCCCCAGCCCGGGAGCCCACACGGGCCCCGGCCCCCAACCACCGCGCGCAGCUCGGGGGCCUGGGCACCGCCCCCCUGAACCAGUGGGUGUCUGAGACCGGGCCGCUGUGGGGCGGGCCUGACAAGAGUGGAGGCGGCGGCCUGGGGCUCUGGGAGGACACGGUCAAGAGCGGCGGCGGGGGCCUGGCGCGCGGCCUGGGCCUGAAGAACAGCUGGAGCAGCCCCUCCCUCAGCGACUCCUACAGCCACCUCUCGGGCCGGCCCGUGCGCAAGAAGACGGAGGAGGAGGAGAAGCUGCUGAAGCUGCUGCAGGGCAUCCCCCGGCCGCAGGACGGCUUCACGCAGUGGUGCGAGCAGAUGCUGCACACGCUGAGCGCCACGGGCAGCCUGGACGUGCCCAUGGCUGUGGCGAUCCUCAAGGAGGUGGAGUCCCCCUAUGACGUCCAUGACUACAUCCGUUCCUGCCUGGGGGACACGCUGGAAGCCAAAGAAUUUGCCAAACAGUUCCUGGAGCGGAGGGCCAAGCAGAAAGCCAGCCAGCAGCGGCAGCAGCAGCAGGAGGCCUGGCUGAGCAGUGGCCCCCUGCAGACGGCCUUUCCGACCAACCACAGCACCAAACUCGGCCCCGGUGAGGGCAGCAAGGCCAAGCGGCGGGCGCUCAUGCUGCACUCGGACCCCAGUAUCCUGGGGUACUCCCUGCACGGACCUUCGGGUGAGAUCGAGAGCGUGGACGACUACUGAGCGGCCCGACCCACCAGCUGGGCUGUGCGGGGAGGGGCCCUGCGCGAGGACUCGGGCCUGCCCGCAGGCGCCCUCGGAGUGCCGGGGACGCGGGGCCGGUCCCCAGCACUUGUUACAAACCACAGACGCACCUUAACUCA